AUGGGGAGACCGAGCAAGGGGCGGCAGCGCAUCGAGAUCCGCCGCAUCAAGGAUGCCGGCCGGCUCGAGGUCACCUUCUCCAAGCGUAAGUCCGGCCUGCAAAAGAAGGCAUCCGAGCUCUUCCUGCUCUGCGGCUCGCCCGUCGCCCUGGUCGUCUUCUCCCUCGGCAAAAAGGCGUUCGCGCUGGGCACUCCCUCUGUUGACGAUGUCCUCCGCCGCUACGCUCCGAUCCCCGGCGAGGAGCUGGACGCCAAGCUCCUUGCGGUGCUUCAGGACACAGACGAUGCGAGCGCUAUCGCCGACCGCGCGGAGGCGGAGGCCAUUGUGCGGCGAACGGAGGACACCAGGGCGCGUUCGGCGACGGAGAAGGCACGGAUGGACGCCAUCGGGAAGGCGGUGAGGCAGGCCGCGGCAAAGGCAGGUAGAAAGUUCUGGUGGGAGGCGGACUCCGACCAGCUCGGGGAGGAUGAGCUGCCAGAAUUCGCCAAGGUGCUCCGCCGCCUCAGGGUCAACUUGCAGCGCCAUUUGGACUCGCUGUCGGCCUCGGCCUCUGCUAGGCAGCUACAUUUUCCUGAUGCAGAGGAUAAUCUUACCUUCAAUGAUACCAUGAUAGCUCUUCAAUUGAUGCGCACACAGUUUCCAAAGCUGGAUAAGGUUGUGGCACAGCCAUUCAUUUUGCAGUCACAAUUGUAUAGCAGCGUGAAGGAUAGAACACAAGUUGACAGAGACUUGGAGUCAUUCAAGAAAGACAAAGUGUUACGAAUAUUCAAACUUAGUUCUGGGCAGGAUGAUCAUGCAAUCAUGUUCAUGGAUGAUUAUUUGAAACAGGUCGCUUUUGCUAUUAAACGCUCAGGGGGUAAAGACCAAGAUGGUAGUGAAGUAUUUGAGUGGUUUGAGAGAUAUGUGGUCCCUUCAAAACUGGAUGUUAGCAUAAAUCAAAUAGAGCUGUGCUCACUGUUAUCACGGGGCGGUGAUGUAACAGACAAACAUAUCACACUGUUGAUGAAUGCUGGUCUCUUAACUCGCCAACUUAUUGAUCCAAAUAUUUACUGGUUUUCUAUUCCAAGAAUUGGCCCCAUAUUGAAAGGACUAUCCCAGGGCAGGAAAGAAAUUCUUUCGCUGUUGAACCGUAGAAACUACAAGGAGAUGCUGCUCUCUUCUCUGGAGAAUACGAAGUUAAGAUUGUCACCUCUUGAUACACGGUUCCUCCUUCGCGAUUUGAUUGGAUCUGGGCACAUAAAAACAGUUCAAACACCCACUGGUUUGCUUGCUCGCAUAUCAAGAGAUUGA